CGGAAGACGUUUCUCUUUGGUAAAAGCAACAUGGUGUCACCCUGUAGACAAUGUGAACAUAAAUAAGCGGCUCUCCUCUAACUCGAUAAACACGGUCCCCCCAGCAGAGAAACACCAGUAGCAGCUGCUGGAGCUCAAUGGCGCUGAGAGUGUGCGCUCGGUUUCUCAGAGACUCCGCCGUCCUCUCCGGACGGGUCACCGUGUCUGCCCGACAGGAAAGUGCGUCAUGGUGUCUCACAGCGGGAAACGCUGCCUGCAGCCGAGGAGGGAGGAACGGAUUUAUCUUCACCCCUGCUUGUUUUAUUACAUCAGAGGCAUUUCUCAGCAGACUGAUGAAAGGCAAAACAGCAGAGGCAGACGGCGGCUUUUAUCGCCUUCCAGCCUCAGUUCUGCCGGACAGCGCUGAACAGUUAUCUUUAUUACUGAAACAUCCAGAUCAGCCUAACAAUUCAAAGGUUUUGAAAGUGGCCAUAAUAGGUGCCCCAAACGCCGGGAAGUCCACACUGACCAAUCAGCUCCUCGGCAGAAAGGUGUUUGCUGUGUCCAAGAAAGUACACACUACAAGGUCUCGUGCCCUCGGCGUCCUGACAGAGAAUGAUACACAGAUAAUUUUACUGGACACUCCUGGUCUUACCACUCAAUCAAAAGUCAAAAGACACCAUCUGGAGAAGUCUUUGCUUGUGGAUCCCUGGAACACAGUCAAAGAAGCUGAUAUAGUGGUCGUCAUGGUGGAUGUGUCGGACAGAUGGAUGUGCAAGAAGCUUGACUUGGAGGUGCUCAAGUGCCUGGCUCAGCACCCUGACAUCCCUACAGUUCUGGUUCUCAAUAAGGUUGACCUGGUUCAGACUAAAGACAAGCUGCUGAAUAUCACAGCACAGUUGACCUGUGGAGUGGUGAACGGACACAGAAUGCAGGUCAGGCCAGUGAUCAAGCCUCCACGGGCUGAAAAGAGGCCAGAGAGGGCUUCAGAGUUGCCCCUUGACGAGGACAGCGUAGAGCCUCAGGACAACGCUGAACCAAACUCUACACUGAGCAAAGAGCAGCUGAGGGGCCAACAGGGUUGGCCUCACUUCAAGGACGUCUUCAUGCUCUCUUCUGUGGAUAAAGAGGACGUGGAAACAUUGAAGACCUACUUCAUGGUUGCAGCCAAGCCAGGAUCGUGGCAGUACCACAGUGAGGUCCUGACUGACCAGAGUCCAGAGGAGGUCUGCACCAACAUCAUCAGAGAGAAGCUUCUGGAGUAUCUGCCCCUGGAAGUGCCCUAUUCCAUUACACAGUCUAUUGAACUCUGGCAUGUUGGAGAAAAUCAUGAGCUCCAAAUUUCUGUGAAACUUAAUGUCAAGAAAGACACUCACAUGAGGAUGGUGAUCGGCACAGCCGGCAAGAUGGUAGCGCAGAUCGCCCGAGAGGCAGGUGAGGACCUGAGCCAUGUCUUCCUGAGGGAAGUAAAGCUGAAGCUCUCAGUCAAGCAGCGGAAGUGAAGAGGAUGGGAUUACUUCAGUGGUGAAAUCCUGAAGAGAUGAAGGUGGAUCCUGCUGGAUUUGAGAUGGCUCUUCUUGUCUUUUUCUCUGCAAAGGAGACGCAGGAUAAUAUCUCAUCAUGAGUCAGAUGUGGAGCUGCGAGGUGGCAUAUAGCCUCAGUCCCAGAGCUCCCACUGAGAUGCUACCUGUCUGAGGGAAAGACAUUGUACUCUGACUUUUGCAUUCUCUGUCUUUAUGAAUCAGCGACAUCUUCUCAUGCAGUCUCAUAAGACAUAAUGAAUGAUGGAAAGAAGUUACGCAUAAGUUGCUGUUAUUAUAGUGGUGGAAAACCGUGAGGGGUGCUCCCACUUGGAAGAAAUACGUCCAUUAAAAGCAGCUCACACAAGUAA